AUGGCGGGGCGUCCCGAGUCCGUGCGGCUCGUCGUGAGACUCGAUCCCUUCGCCACUACGCACAUCAAUUACGCGCACCUCCUUCGACAAGCUUCUCCCGCACAGCCUUCCGCGCCUCUUCCGCCGCUUCCUUCGGGGCCGCUCCAGUCGGCGGAAGGCGCGGAAAGCGGUGAAGUUCGCGGCGAGGCGGAGGCGGAUGGCGCAGCGGCGACGGGCAGCAGCGAGAAGGAGCGAGCGGGAGGCGAUGCGCAGCCGGGAAGUGCGGCUUCGCUGGGCUCCGACAGCGACGACGACGAUGGCGGCAUGGAUGAUGGGCGCGCGGGCGCAGAGGGGGCGGACGGGGGAAGGGCGGGGCAGCGCGGUGACGAGGGACCAGCAUGGGGCGGCGAGGGGGAGGGGGGAGCGGGCGAGGAGGGGUGGGAGGGGUGGUGGGAGGGUGGUGAGUGGGAGGAGGAGUACGACACGGCCGACCCCUUCAUUGAUGACUCUGACCUCAAGGAGUAUUUCUCCUCCAACCGCAAGGCAAAGCGACCUGGCUUCUUCGUCAACCGAUCCGACCCCCAACACUCACCGCCCAGUGCCAUGCCAUGCUCCCUCCACUCACAACUCACACGUCUCCCUCUCAACCUUCUCUCAUCACUCUGGCGCCUUCUAUGUGCUCAUCUUCAAUUCGUCUUCACCCUUCUUUACCCAUCACUCCCACUUCCCACCGCCCGCUGCCGCUACUCGUCCGUCCUCGCGCCUGCCACCAGUCCUGCCUCGCCGAUGGGGUCGCCAUCAGCGGCAGCACGGGCAGCAGGGGGGGCGUCACUGAGGGGCACGCUGCGGGGCGUCAAGCAGGCGGCCAGGGCGGCGGGGGGGGUGGUGGCAGGGAGGGGCGGGCGCGGCAGGGGCGGGCACAGGGCGCAGCAUGUGACAGCGCUGGGCGUGCGGCGCAGGGGGGCGCUGAAAGGGGGGUUUGGCGGGCAGGGGGGGCGCGGGUCAGGCGUGGGGCACAUGGUGAUUGGCAUGCGCGGCAGGGGCAGGAGCAGAGGGAGGGGGCGCGGGAGAGGGCAAGGGAGGGGACCGGCGCAUGGUGCUGCUACUGCUAACGCUGCUGGUGGUGGCGGUGGCGGUGGUGUGCUGAGAGGAGGCAAGCGGGGGGUUGAUAGAGGCAAAGAUGUGAGGCAUGCAGCAAAGGAUGGUGCUGCUGUGGGUGACCAUGCUUGGCACAUGAAAGACGAGGCUGUUCUCUAUGCAACAUGGCAGCGAGGGGUUGUAUUGUGGAGUGCCAAGGUGGCUCUGAGUGAGCUGCAGUCUCUGAUACAUGGUGGUGGAGGGUUCCUUGGCUUCUGCAAUGGGGCCGCUGGUACACUGCCCUCUGUACAGAUGGGAGAGAUGGGAUCAGUAGGAUCAUGGAAAGACUAG